AUGAAGCUGAAGCCGUGUGCGGUUCAGAACAUGGAUGUUCGGGAAGAACCAUUUCGAACCGAAUUUAAACGCCGGCGAGCGCGUCCUAGCCCAAAUGAGCCUGGCCAGCAGAACGCAGGACUAGUGAAGGCCAUGGGAGCGGGCUCUUUCAAAACCGCUGCAAUAAUUUGGCUUGAAUACGCGUUCCAUCCAACUACCACCAGUGGCAAAAGAGUUGUUUUUGACUACCAAACCAAACAUAUAUUCGCCCAGUUCUAUUGGCUACUAUCGUGGAACGAGAAAGAUGCUCUGGAUUUCCUCAAUAAAGAGCGUAAAGAUCGUGGUUAUACUCCUCUCACCCUUGACAGUCUGACGUCGAAGAAAAACCCUUGCUGCGGCCUCAAGUUUAAGAAAUACUCUGGAGUAGACACGAAUAAGACUCAGACGAUGUUUCCAGGUAGCCCUGAUAGAAACCAAACUUCGAAGCGUAAAGCGGCUUCUCCAUUACAGGACGAAAGGGAGUCAACGCAGCAUGCCAUUACCACUCCAAUGCUUGGCCCAGCGGAACACUUCACUCCAGCACAACCCGAAACCUUCAACCACAAGUUCAUGGUUGAAAUUGGAUCUCGACCUCGCAAGGGAAAGUCGAAGGUCAAGCACCAGGACAAUAUGGACUCUAGCGGUGCUGGAAAUCAGAGUACUCUGUCUGUUAAGGUGGAGCCAGUGGAGUACUUAAUACCACCCUCAAGAACACCUCCUGCGAUGCAAACCCCCCUUUCGUCAGAGGACUUCAUCAAACCGGAACCUUCAUCAGAAGAAAUGUUUCCGCCAUUCGAGUAUAAUAUUGAACAGGAAUAUGCCUCUUCCGAAAAUAUCGGCAUGUUACUGUCAAUAUCCAGCAAUCCACCUCGCGAGACAACUGAGAGACCCUCCAAACCACCUCUCCCUCAGCUUCCCCCGAUAUGGGCAAAGUCCCGACAAGAAGUUUGUGAAGCCUACGAUUGGUUUCGCAGCUAUCAAGGGGGGGUCUAUCACGCUCAUGGUGUCGCGAAAGGAUAUCUGUUGAGCGCCUUUUCGUCAAGACGGGACAGAUUUGAACACGGAGGAAAGUUGAUAAUCUCACAUGGGGGUGGCAAGUCCGAGAGUGUUCACUAUUCAAACGGACAAAGCUUGACCCAGCCAGCGAGUGAUCAGCUUGCGCAGGAUCAGUCUGUGCGAGCACUCCUGAAUAGCUAUCGGAAUCACCGGCCUGUGGCUCUAGUGAUGGACGAUAGAUAUGCCCUCUUUCCGUACGACCUCGCCUCUAAGGGUGUCGUAUACGCUGUAUUAGGAUUCUACACGAUCACAUAUGCAUGGGGUUUGUGA